GCAGUGACAGCUUUUUUUCUUUUACAAUCCUUCGUCUUCGUAUCAGGAUCGUGUUCAGUAUUAAAAUCGUUUUUUUUUAAUUAAUUUUUAUUAAAAAGGUGCUGUGAAAAAUAAACGUUCCGUAAACUGUGAUAUGAACUGAUACGGUUCAACAGGCUCCCAAAAAAAUAUUAUGUCAACGAAUCCCGGAUCGUUAUUAAAUAAUUUACGGGAAUUUCGGAUAAACAAAAAACCAAUCAUGUCGAGCAGUUUAAAUCCAGGUGAUCAAGUUUCAUCAAAGAGUACCACAAGGAAAAGGAUUAUUGCAUUUACCGAUUCCGAUUCGGACUGCGACGGGGCCCCGAAUGCUAACAGACACAAAAAUAAAAAGGAAGAAAAACUUUCCCCGAUUAACUCCAAAUCAGGAGACGAAACCGUCAUAGAAAAAGAAAGCAAGAUUAAAUAUUUGAUCAGCAUGUUCGAGAAUGUUCAAGCCUAUGAAGUUUAUGAUAUAUUAUCAAGCGUUAAUUUCAUCCUUCCGAUCGCGAUUAGAAAAUUAACAGAGAAACACCAGUGUAAACGUUACGUUGAUUAUAACACAUGGAAAAAUGGGGUUACCUCGGAACAUAGUUAUGGCGCUAAAAGGAAAGAUCAAAAAAAUGGGCACCACUCUAAAUCGUCGCAUAAAGGGAAACGAAGAAAAGUCAACACCGACGGUGAUAGCGAUGAUAGCGGUAGAUCAACUUCGUAUAAAUACCAUCGUGUAUAUGAUAGCGAUGAAGAUUCUGACGUUGAAAUAACCAAAGAGGUCACUGGGGAGAAAAAGCGAGUUUUAGGAUUUAUGCAAACGGCCACGGCCAAUGAACUACAAUUAAUGGCUUCAUGUUCGAGAAAAAAAGUAGAUGCAAUUAUCGCUUGUAGACCGUUUAAAGAUUGGGUCGAUUUGGUUCAAAAACUUCAACAGAACAAAAAUUUAAGCACCGAUUUAUUAAACGCGGCCGAGAGGGUGCUCGUAACCCGUGCUAACAUGAAACAAUUAAUGAAUAAAUGCACGGCUUUAUCACAACAGUUAGAGAAAGCUGUUAAAAAUGAUGUAGGGGUUAAAAAACAACCGGCAAUUAUGUCACUUAGUUUACAAUUAACAAGUUAUCAAUUAGUUGGGCUUAGUUGGUUGUCGAUUUUGCACGCUCAAGGUGUUAACGGGAUCUUAGCUGAUGAGAUGGGAUUGGGGAAAACGGUUCAAGUUAUUUCGUUUUUAGCGUAUUUAAAGGAGCGAAAAAUCGCGCAGAAUAUGCAUUUAGUUGUUGUCCCAUCCUCAACUUUAGAAAAUUGGCAAAACGAAUUUGAGAAGUGGUGCCCUGCCCUAAACGUUCUUUUAUAUUACGGGAGCAUAGAGGAGAGAAGAAACAUCCGUAUAAUGAUCGCUGAGGGGAAAUAUAAAGAAUACGAUGUGAUGUUAACAACUUACACAAUUGUGGGGAGUAAUCCGGAAGAAAGAAAGAUGUUUCGAGUAACCCCAAUUCAUUACGUUAUCUUUGAUGAAGCCCACAUGUUAAAAAACAUGAACACUCGCCGUUAUGAGAGUUUGAUUCGGGUAAAAGCAGCUAAAAGGAUUCUAUUGACGGGAACCCCGCUUCAAAAUAAUUUAUUGGAAUUAAUGUCGUUAUUAAUAUUUGUGAUGCCGAAUAUUUUUUCGGAAAAAACCGAGGAUUUAAAAAGUUUAUUCCAAAAAACUGCGAAAGGAAAUGAGGGGGAUGAUGAGAAUGUGCCUCAAUUUGAAAAGGAGCAAGUCGAACAAGCUAAAAGAAUAAUGAAGCCAUUCGUUUUGCGGCGAUUAAAACGGGAUGUUUUGAAAGAUUUGCCAAAAAAGACCGAUUAUAUGUUGCAAGUUGCGAUGGCUCCGACGCAAGAGGAGCAAUAUCAACAAUUAGUUAAAAUUUAUAAAGAAGCGGGAGAUUCAGAUCAAGGCAAAUAUAAUGGUAUUACGAUUAUGACAGAACUCAGAAAAUUAAGUAAUCACCCUUUAUUACUUAGAUAUCAUUACCAGAAUAAAGAUCUUCCUAGUAUUGCGAAAAAACUCGCUCUUGAUCCUGAUUAUAAGGAGAAUAUUGAGAAGCAUGUUAUCGAAGAUUUAGGGUGCAUGUCCGAUUUUGAAAUUCAUACGUUAACCAAAGAAUAUCCCUGUAUUAGAAAAUAUGGUCUCCCGGACAAUUUAAUUUUAACCUCAGGAAAAUUUUUAUUCCUUGAUAAAAAAUUAAAAGAACUCAAAGACAACGGUAAUCGUGUACUCAUUUUUAGCCAAUAUGUUAUCAUGCUGGACGUGAUGGAGGAAUAUUUAAAAAUAAGAAAUCACCGAUUUUUGAGGUUAGAUGGAAGUACUCCAGUUCAAACUAGGCAACAACUCAUCGAUGAAUACACUUCCGACCAAGAAAUUUUUGUAUUUUUAUUAUCAACGAGGGCUGGGGGGUUAGGAAUUAAUUUAACUUCAGCCGAUACCGUUAUCAUUCACGAUAUCGAUUUUAAUCCUUAUAAUGAUAAGCAAGCCGAGGAUCGGUGCCACCGAAUGGGGCAGAAAAAGCCUGUUACGGUGUAUCGGUUGAUUUCGAAAGGAACGAUUGAGGAGGGCAUGUGGCAGCUCACCCAAGAAAAAUUAAAAUUGGAGAAAGAAAUCACCGGCGAUGGUGAUACUGAGAAUACGGAUGUGAAAAGUGUGGUUAAUUUAUUGUCUUCAGCGUUAGGUAUAAAUAGUAGUAAAGCGACGAAUUUGGUGUCUCCAAAGAAAAAGUUAUGAUCUUUUUGAUUAGAUAAUUUACAUAUAGGAAAGGUUUUUUUUCCCGGAUAGAUUUUUCAUUGUAGAAAGAAACUCUUAAUAUAAGUUAAUACAUUUUCUUACUUAUUA